GUCUUUACACGUCGGGAAAAAGGGGUUCGAUGAGCUCGAGGGUCUAAAUCCCCAGUUAGGCGAGGGAGUAGACGCAACUCUGCGCUUGCGUUGAAGAAACGAAGUAAGAUGUUUUGCUUCCCUCCGAGUGGCACUCACUCUCAGAUGAGGAAUGGAAUUCAAACACCGGUACAGUGUUACAGCGAUCGGGCGGUGUAAAUCAGUUUAGCUCCAAGUGUCAUUUGUUUCCUACUUUUGUAUGGAAUGUAGUUAUUUAUAAUAAAUAAAAUGCAUUUGUGGAAUUGGAACCUUUUGCAACUGGUCUACAUAACAGUCCUGCGUUUUGGAGAACAUAUGAAAUGAGGCUAUGCUAUGAAAACGCAGAAGCCCGUCUCGGGAAGCACGGAUUCUCAGAGCUGAAAUUCUCACAACCCCCUGCUUCCUCCGCUCACUGAUGAUGGAUUUCCAAGUGCCGCCCGAGCCAGGGCUCCAUUAUGGUGCUAAUGGCAGUCAGGAAGGCUCGAGAAGAAACUCACAAAACCUCAACAGGCCCUCAGAGGACGAGGCGCUGCGGUUCUUGAGCCGGGAGGAGAUGGAGUGCAUCCUGUUCUUCGACGAGACCAUCGAGUCCCUGGACGACAACGCGGAGGAUCUGGAUCAGACGCUGUCCUCCGCGAGCAGCACCCCGGUGGAGGACUCCCCUGCCACGCCCAGCCCCGUCCCCACACCCCACAGAACCCCCAGCCCCAAGGAGCAGGACAUCAUCGACCUGGUCCGAACGCAGCCUGUCCCGGUCGAGCCCAGAGAAGUUCAGUUCAACCCAACCAUGCCGGAUUUUCGGAGCAUGGCUGUGAACCCAGAGACACAUUUUGAGAUGAAGGCGAGACGUGACCCGAUGGAGAACUUCCCCUCCGAAUAUCACUUCCCCUCCCCUCCCAACCCCAGUGUCCUCAACGAGGAGGGCCCCUCCCCGAGCCACGCCCAGUACCACCCUGCUGGCUCUGUCCCCACCCCUGUCCUCAUCGCCCAAAAAAUCGCCGAGCACCAGGGGGGUGGGUGUCCCCUAUUGCCCUCCGCCCUCUUACUGGGUCGGAGAAGGAGCCUAGAAAUAAGCACACCCCCUCCUGAUUAUCCAAUCAAACAAGGCCCUCCCACUAUGGCAAAGCCCACCCGUUACCCUGACAACAUCAGCCUCAUGAUGGCUCAGAGAGACCACAGCCACGCCGGUGCCAAAGUGUCCACCGACACUCACGACCGCAAAGCCUGGGUGCUGGCCAACCUGGCAGCUGGGCCUCGCUCUCCAGAGUCCAAGAGGGCACCCGCGCGAAACAUCCCCACCCGCAGCGUGUCAUUCCGCGACCCGGCGCCGGAGAAGUCCAGGAUGGAGGCGCUGUCCAAAUUGGGUCUGACCCGGGACCGAACCUUUUCCAGCAACUUCGGGUCCCGCUCCAGAGUGAUCAAUCCGUCGCUGCUGUCCAGAACCAAGACAGAGCCCCUAAACCGCCCUGCCCAUCUGGGAAGCAAGGAAGUCCUGUCCACCAUCCAGGCAGAGGGCUCUGCCAGUGAAUUCAACAGCUAUGGAGGAAAGAGCAAAGUAGUGACCCCCUCCUGUCUUACAGCUGCAAAGACAGACACAAGCACUCGACGUGCAAGCAAUGAGGACACUGCCUCCAGCAUUGCACCACCUGCCUCACACACUGAUAGCACCUCAAGCAACUUCAACAACAAUGCAGAAAGGAGCAAAGUAGAGACCACCUCACCGACCACAGCAGCAAAGGUGGACACAAGCACUCACCAUAUGAGCAAUGAUCACUUGGCACCCAGCGCACCACCAAAUCUCUCACACACUGAUAGCGCCUCAAACGACUUCAACAGCUACGGAGGCAAGACAAAAACCAUGACAACUUCGCCAGCAGAGAAAUACGAGCCGUCCUCUCACCUCACCAGUAUCUGUGAAGGCAGGACCAGCACUGUGCCGCCAGCCAUAGGGAGCGCAGCAACACAGAUGGAGGUUGACACCAGUGAAUUCAACAGCUACGGAGGAAAAUCCAAAGUGGUGACCCCCGCGCGAGCACUCACGGCCCAGACGGAGCCCACCGCUGACAGCUCCAUCUCCCAUGACAACGCAUCCAAAGCGGCGACGGCCUCACCAUCACCAGGACCUAAGGCUGACGCUGCUCCAAAGGAUGUCAACAACCAUAGCAACAACACCACAGCGGUGACAUCAUCGCUGUCAAAGCCCGGGGUCUCUGUGACCGGAGGGUCAGCCAGGCUGACUGCUACCACGCCCCGCCCGUCCCACCCAGAAGGGUCCCUGGGCUCCCAGGUGGCCACCACGGUCCCUGCCUUCCUGGAGGUGCGUCGGAGGUCCGUCUCCAAACCGGCGUUCUUCCACCAGGGGAUCACAGUGCAGUUCUCAGGCCGAGGGGCCACCGAUGAAUCCCGCAGGGAGGCCCUGCGGAAACUGGGCCUUCUGAGGGACACGCCCUGACCCCACCCCUCAACUGCCUGUCCCGUUGGCUCGAAAACAUCCUGAAACAUCCUGCCUCCCCACCUCCUGAAGGAUGCAUCCAGACCCCAUCCUCUCUCCCACUGCCCUCAAAACGUCCUCACCCUGCCUCUUAAUUUUGUCGCUUCUGUUGGUUUAACUCUUUCAGUAACAAACGAGAAAGACUAUUCACUCCAGGAGGUCUGUCCGUUUGUCUGGAGAGAUGCUUCUGGGAACACGAGGGGAGAAACCUGCUGAUCUGCAUGCUUGUCACCAUGGUGAUUGCUGACAAGCGUCAACCCCUGUACCUGUAAAAACUUUAAACAUAGCUAUCCUUGCCAUCAUAACUAUUCCUUUCUGAAGUGGUCAAUUCAUACCAUGCCGGCAAAAGGGGUAGUUCAACCUCAGGAGACCUGGCUAGUUUGUCGACCAAACAACUUGGUUGUAUGUACAAAAUAGAAGUGACCUCAUCAGGUAAUGCAAAGCUUGAUGGGUAAGAGACACAUCUUUGAUGAGAAGACCUGGAGUUUGAUUCCUGUCUUUGCAAUGCUCUGUGCUGUAGGGCAUGUGCUCUCUCUACUUCCUCGAAAGAUUACUGUGAUUACAGGAACAAAUUACAAGCCGCUGCUGUUUGCUAUUGUAAAUGGGAAUUGCAGUAAGCAAAUACUGAUAACUGAGCAGAGACACAUCAAGCUGUGAACUGACUGUUUUGUCUCAUGGCCAGUGACUUGUCUAAUAUUCCGUCCCCCCCCUCCUGUGGGCAGAACCACCUUUUGGUGGACGAUGUUCUAAAUAAGCACGGGUUCUGUCUGAUCUAUCAUAUAAGGGCUCUCAGAACUUGCAGGGCAGUUUUUACUCUUAUAGUAACUGUGGGAUUCAAUGUUUACAAUCUGUGUGUAUGUUACAGUUUAUAUUGUUACAUAUAUUUGCAUAUCAGCACACGUAAUCUAUCCCUGAACAUAAAAGGGAACAUUGAAUGUUCUUUAUUCAAGUAUUCAGUAGGUGAAAGUGUCAUUCAGUAAGGCAGACAGUAACCCAAAUUUAGAUCUGUUACUCAGGUGCUUAAGAUGUGUUUAGAUGACCUAAAUGUCAAAAAACACCACUCAAGAUUCAGCAUUUAAACCCUUUUUUGUGUAGCCUCUUUUUAGUGAAGGCUACUGGAUCAUUUAAGAAAAGAAUUUAGGUAUUUCAUAUUAAUUCACUUGAGGAAACAUCUUAAUGAUUGUAGGUUAAAGAAAGCCAUUAUUUACAAGUUGAAUCUGGUUCUGAUCGACCAGGGGAAUGUCAUUUCGGGCCAGCUACGCAACUGACAAAAUGGUAUUUUUAACUUCACUUUCAAGGAAUCACCUCCCACACAAAACCAUAAACUAGAGUCUGGUUUCUACAAAGAGAAUGAUGUGCUUUACGCUGAUUCAGGGCAGAGGCAAGCAUGUGUUCUCCUAAACGUGAUGAUGACUGUUAUUGUGAAUGGCUACAAUAACGUUAAUACACAAUAAUGUACAUACAUGCGUAACAAAGCGUAAAAUUUGAGCCUGACAGAACCUCAUGGUCCUUUGGUGGUUGUUAUUUCCUUUUACAUACAUGUUGUACCCCUGUUUCAUCCAGCAAACUUUACUGAUCUUUACCAUUAUAGCCUGUCCCAUUCUCAACAGUACUGGUGUGGAGCCCCUGUCUGUGUGGGUGAGUGUGUGAGUGCGAGUGUGUUUGUGGUUGCGUGUGAAUGUAUGUGUGCGUAAAAACGUGUAGUGUGUAUCCGUUUUAUGUUUUAUGCUUUAUUUUAUGAAGCAGGACUCCGGUAGAGCGUAGUUAAUCUACAGCAACUCUUGAAGUAUACAAAACCCAUACACGGCAGAGGUAGUUCUCCACGGACCAGAAAAGAGUGGGAACAUUCAGUGUUCAGUGCUGAACAUCUGUGCCUUCACCUCCUGCAAGCUCUGCUGAACACCACACACCAUAACAUCUUUGUAACAUCUUUAAUCUGCCGGAGUGUGAGUGCAAAGCAUGUUGGGAAGAUCAACUGUGAAAGCUGUUUACAUUCACCUUAUAUACCAUGUAAUGUUCACACAGCAUUGCGGUAGGCAACGGAAGCACUGCAAUAGCGUCUUGACAAUAUGUUCAGGUAGGAUUCAGAAUGUGAACUGUUUUACUGUGUCUCACAUUAUGUGGAAAUGACAUUUUAUACUCUGUCAGUUUAAA